AUGGCCCUGGUCGACUAUGCUUCAUCCGGUGAAGAUGACGAACUGGAGGUGGCCCAGACAUCCAUAACCACUGAUGAAUCUCCUUCUAUUCCCAACUCUAAGCGCAAACGGGAGGACGAUGCCGGGGGUAUCCUCGACCUCCCUCCUCUGCCCUCCAGAUUUCAUGACCUGUAUGCGUCGACCACUCGCAUUAGUACGCGGGAUAAUCCGGAUUUGCAUGGUGGGAGAAGGAGAGCGGUUCCCCACAUCGAGGGUAACUGGCCGACUCAUAUUUACAUCGAGUGGUAUCCUUCUACUACAGAAUAUACAUCACUGGAAAAGUUAAUAUCAACUGUGAAAGACGGAUUGCCAAGCGGAGACGACAUUUUGAAAAUACACUCCUUCUUGACCAGCGAUUUAGGGGCUCCCUUACCCCUUCAUGUCAGCCUUUCACGCCCGGUAGGGUUUGCCACAGAACAGAAAGACAGUUUCGUUAAUUCUCUAGAACGAGCUAUUAAGUCUUCUGGCAUUCGCCCCUUCAACACUGCAUUCUCUAGUCUCGACUGGGUUGCCAAUUUCGAAAAUACUCGAUGGUUCCUUGUCAAAAGACUUGAGAAGCCUUCUUCUGAUGGCUUAAAUAAAUUGCUCCAUGUAAGCAACACGGUUGUUCAGGAAUAUGGCCAACCUCCUCUUUACACGAAGCCUUCACCUGUCACAAACCAUAUUGGUACGUCAAAGGGCUCCAGCGAAUCUAGUAAAUCUCGCCAUAAGCGAAUAAGUCCCGGUACUGCACCGCUGAAUCAUAACUGGAGUCAUAUGGAGGACUUUACAGAUGCUUUUCACAUUAGCAUAGCCUGGACUCUUGGAGCCCCGAACCAGGAGCUUUUGGAUUUGACAGCCUCCGCUGCAACGGAUUAUUUAAAAGAUAUCUCCCAGAUUUCGAUUAAGAUCAGCGAAAUCAAGGCAAAGGUUGGCAAUGCUGUCACGAAUUUGCCUCUGCGGACGAAUAUAGUCGAAGGCAAGAGUCUGUUUGGAUUUUGA